UACAAAUUUCAAUAACUCUGCAAGGAAAAAAAAAAAGACUAGUUGGGAUAGAAUUCCCACGAUGCAGCUUAUUUCUAUAUCCAUUUUGGUCGUAGUACUUUUUUCAUGUUAUUGCUAUGCUUUAGAUGCUAAAAAUUACGCUGAGGCACUCGAGAAAUCCAUUAUGUUCUUCGAAGGGCAACGAUCAGGAAAGCUACCACCUAAUCAACGAGUUACUUGGCGAGGGGACUCUGGAUUAAAGGACGGGUCUCCUGAAAAUGUGGAUCUCUCUGGAGGAUAUUAUGAUGCAGGAGAUAAUGUCAAAUUUGGUCUUCCUUUGGCUUUUACAACGACAAUGUUGGCUUGGAGUGUUGCUGAAUUUGGUCGAAAUAUGAAACACCAAGCUGCGCAUGCCAGAGAUGCCAUUCGGUGGAGCACAGAUUAUUUACUAAAGGCAGCUACAGCCAAACCUGAUACAUUAUACGUCCAAGUGGGAGAUCCUAAUGCAGAUCACGAAUGCUGGCAAAGGCCUGAGGAUUUGGAUUCCUCCCGGAAAGUAUACAAGGUGUCUACACAAAAUCCAGGUUCUGAUGUCGCGGGAGAGACUGCUGCUGCAUUAGCUGCUGCUUCGGUUGUGUUUAAAAGAUCUGAUCGUCCAUACUCCACCAAGUUACUUCAAACUGCCAUGAAAGUAUUUGAUUUUGCGGACCAGCAUAGAGGAUCUUAUAGUGAUUCUCUCAGUUCAGUUGUUUGCCCAUUUUACUGUUCUUAUUCUGGAUACAAUGAUGAACUUCUAUGGGCAGCAGCGUGGCUAUAUAGAGCGACAAAAGACGAUAAGUACCUGAACUACAUUAAAACCAACGGUCAUACUGAUGGUGGAGACGAUGACGACUUCUCUUUCAGUUGGGACGAUAAACGAGUUGGCACCAAAAUUCUUCUUUCCAAGUUCUACCUACAAAAGAAAGUUCAAGACUUGCAGUCCUAUAAAAACCAUGCUGACAACUACUUUUGCUCUCUCCUCCCUGGAUCACCUACUUUUAGCACCAAAUAUACGCCAGGAGGACUUCUCUUCAAACAAGGUGAAUGUAAUAUGCAAUACGUUACUAGCACAGCUUUCCUCCUCGUGACAUAUGCAAAGUACUUACAGUCAUCAGGAGAAUCGGUGUCCUGUGGAUCAAAGGGUUUCGCAGCGAAAGACCUCGUUGCUUUAGCAAAGAAACAAGUAGAUUAUAUUUUAGGUGAUAAUCCUUCAAAAAUGUCAUACAUGGUAGGUUUCGGAGAGAAAUAUCCACAAAAAGUUCAUCAUAGAGGUUCUUCUAUACCAUCAAUACGUCAACAACCUAGUCAGAUAGCUUGUAAAGAUGGAUUUCAACAUCUCAAUUCAGGAUCACCGAACCCUAACGUACUUGUUGGAGCCAUUAUGGGAGGUCCUGAUCAAGGCGACAGCUUCAAUGAUGAUCGAACUAACCACGAGCAAUCCGAACCAGCUACUUACUUUAAUGCACCAUUUGUUGGUGCUGUCGCAUACUUCGCAGGCUCACCACCAACAUCAACCAGCUGAUGAUAUAAAUUUCAAGUGCGGAUUUAAAAUUUAGUGCUGAGUUUUCUUUAGAAACACUAAACAUUUUUUAUUUCUUUUUUAAUCUUUGUUAAUUUAAUCAUUUAGCAGUCAUAACCGAAUGAGUGGAAUUUUCAUUUCGUCGGUAAUUAAAUUGAAGUUCAGACCUGAAGUUCACUAUUUGCAUGCUAGAUCGUAAUAUGGGAUGUCGGUUGUACUGUUUGCACU